AUGUUUUCUAAUACUAAGCAAAAUUUUAAUCCGAUUCACGGUACACUUUCAAAUGGUGCUUUAUUUGUACGACUUGCUUUAGAUACAUCUGAAACAAAAGUAGAAAAACUUCUUAUUAAUAUCUGGAAAAUUCCCAAACCUCGAUUAAUUAUGUCAAUUAUUGGAGGACAAAAAUAUUUUACAUUAAGUGAUCGACUUGAAACAAAUUUUAUCAAUGGUAUUAUUCAUGUUGCUCUUAAAUCAGAUGCAUGGUUAAUGACAAAUGGAUAUAAUGUUGGUAUUGUACAACUUGUAGGACAAGCAAUUAAUAAAGUUAAAUUAACAAAUCCAAAAAAAAAACUUACAGCUAUUGGAGUUUGUAAAUGGGGAAGUGUACAAGAUGUUGAAGAAAUUACAGAUUCUGAAAAUAAAAAAAAACAAAAAAAAAACGACACAUCUAAUACUAAUGAUAAUGAAGAGAAAAUACAUAAACGUGAAAGUGGUCAACGGGAUCUUGAAAUGAAUCAUAGUCAUUAUCUUAUGUUAGAUGAUGGAAGACUUCGAUAUUAUGACAUAGAAGAUUAUCGAACACGAUUAUGUGUUCAAUUAGCAAAACUACGUCAUGAAAUUAAUUUUUCUACUCCUGUUGUUACUAUUGUCGUAGAAGGUGGUAGAGAAACCAUUAAAAAUGUAUACCAUGAUUUGCGGGCUAAUAUUCCUGUUGUUAUUAUUGAUGGUAGUGGUCGUGUAGCUGAUUUUUUCAAACGUUGGUUAUUAUAUACGAAAGAAUUCGAUGAUAAUAGUAAAGACUCUGAUAUUGCAUAUGAAAUUGAUCAAAUUGAUAAUGUAACACCAGUUAUAACUGUUCCACCUUUAACUUCAAAUCAAAAUGAUGUAAAUAAUUCAAAACCAAGUGAUGCUAAAUAUGUUCAAUCUCAGUCUGAGGAAUUCAGAAAUCCACUUCAAAAUAUGUUUAGUAAAUAUGUCAAACAACUUCAAACAGAUCUUAGUGUAAUUAUGACACAUGAUGAUGAUUCGAAUAAGAAAAAAAGAAAGGCACCAUCAUCAAAUAGUUCAAAUGAUAGAUUAUCAACUAAAUUAAUAACUACACUUAAACAAGUUAUGUAUUGUCUUCAACCAGCCGUUCGUUCUGGUAUAACAGUAUUUAAUUUAAAUUCAGAUGAUAAUUUAUCAGAAACAAUUUUUCGAAGUAUUUGUAAAGCACGUCAAAAAAAUUUUAAUAAGAACGAAAAUGAUGAAAAUAAUGCAACAGAAGAAAAUCAAGGAAAAUUGGAAAUACUACCUAAUUUACAAGAUCGAGAACUUCAAUCAAGUGUACGUCAAAAUAUUCAUAAAAAAGAUCGACGUACACAACGAUCACAAUUAUUACGACUAGCAAUGGAUUGGAAUUGUAUUCAUGUUGCAAAAGAAUUAAUUUUACAAAAUUCAUUAAAUAAUAUUCUGAACAAAGAACAAGAUUUUAUAUAUGCUUUAACAGAAGAUUUACCAACAUUUGUUUAUGAAUUUCUUAAAUUGGGUAUUGAUCCAAGUGAAAUAUUCUUUCCAGAUGAUGAAUUCUUUAAAGGAAAAACUCGAUAUAAAAAAUUUAUUGAAUGUUUUUAUAAAAUUGAAAUAGUGAAUAGGGACACAACUCAUUUAAGUUGGUUUAUUGAAUCACAUUCUGAUUCUAUUGAAAAACAUAUUACUACCACUGAUGAGCUUAAUUCUGUUCUUGCUACACUUGUUGGUGACUAUAUGAGUAACCUAUAUUUUGAUAGCAAUGAACAAGAGAAAAUGUAUCGAUCAUUGUGGGGCUUAGACAAGGAAAAUGAUGAGCUAAAGCAAAGCAAUAAUCGAGGUACAGGAUCCGAUGAUAAUCUUGCGGAUGGGGAAAAACGACAAAUAAUUCAAGAUUACAUAAUGCGAGAUUUAUUUUUAUGGUCAAUACUUAUGAAUCAUAUUGAUAUGGCUAAAGUUCUUUUGUGUUAUGUUAAAUAUCGAAUAUGUCCUGCAUUGAUUGCAACAAAAAUUUUAAAAGAAUAUCAUCGUAAAGCACCUUAUGGUGAAUUAAAAGAAAAUUAUAUGAAAAAUGCUGAUUAUUUUCAACAAUAUGCUAUUGAUUGUAUAACACAAUGUGAAAAAAAUGAUUCAGAUCAAGCAUGUCAAAUUGUUUUACAACGAAUAGAACUUUAUGGAAAUGUUACUUGUCUUCAAGUUGCUGCUGAUGCAGAAGAUAAAUUAUUUAUUGCUACAUCAUGUUGUGUUCAAGCUAUGAACAAUAUUUGGUAUGAUAAAAUUCAUGCAAAACAAUCCAGAAAACGAAAUUACUUCUUUAUGGGUAUGGGCUUCUUUUCGUCUGGUCUUUUGGCUCCAUUUACAGUCACUUAUCGGACAUGCCCAAAGGUAUAUUAUUGUUUUUUUCUUUUACUUUUUUCUUAUACGCUUUUAUUUGAUUUUCAACGACCAACGAAUGAAAACCCAUCAAUACAUUGGACUGAAAUUUUAACUAUUAUUUUGGUUUCGUGUAUGUUAAUUGAAGAAAUUCAUUAUUUUGCUUGCCUAGAUAACUUGAGUUUAGCAGGAAAAUGUAUUAGUUAUUUUCGUAAUCGAUUUAAAAUUAUGACUAUUGUUGGAGUGAGUCUGUUCUAUAUCGGACUAAUCUUAAGAUUUACACAUGCAAGUACAGAUGAUGAAUUUACUGCAGCUAGGGUGGUGAUGGCUAUCGAUUUGGAAAUUUGGUACCUUCGUUCUCUAUCAUUUAUUAUAGUUGUACAGUAUCUUGGACCACAUCUUGUAGCCAUUGGAAAAAUGCUAAAAGAUCUUGCAUUCUUUAUGUGCAUUAUUUUUAUUGUUAUGGCUGGCUAUGGUGUUGCUUCUCGUUCCAUGGUUUAUUAUCCAAAUUCUGAUAAAUUUAAUCAAACUAAUUUCAGCACUGCGUUUGAUGGUCGAAGUAUUUUUCGUCAAAUAGUAUAUCCUGUUUAUUAUUUAAUGUAUGGGCAAUUUGGUAAUGAAUUAUCUAAUCUGGAUGCCUACCCUGAUGCUGGUUGGUCAAUUUCAACACAUGUAUUACUUGCUGCUCAUAUGCUUCUUGUCAAUAUUCUACUUAUUAAUCUGCUUAUUGCAAUGUUUAGUAAACGAUUUGAUCAAGUACAUAAUGAUACACAAAGUAUUUGGCAUUCUCAACAAUAUUUAUUUACACGUGAAUAUUUUACACGCUCACCAUUUUUUCCACCAAUAAGUCUUAUUUAUGAUAUAUACCAUUUAUGUCGUAUAACGAUCUUUGCUAUCAGACGAGUUAUUAAAAAAUCAGCAGAUCGUCGAGCGAAAGUAUUUAAAAUAAUUCCUAUAAAUAAAAGUUUUAUUAAAGAUUGGUAUGAAUUUGAAGGUGCAUCAACAUAUGAAUAUGCUCAUACAGAAGCAAAGACAUCAAAAACUACAUCAAUGAUAUCAACUAAAGGAUCAGAUCUUAAUAAAAUUGAAAAAAGAGAAAAUAUAAAUGAUAAUAAAGAUGAUUCAAAUAAUUCAAUUAAUAAUGUAGAACAAAUACGAAAUGAUUUAGCAAAAUUAAAUCAAUCAUUUGAAGAAAGUAAACAACAAAUACAAGAAGAGUUAGCAAAAUUAAAUCAAUCGUUUGAAGAAAUUAAAAAAUAUUUGAAAAAAUAA